GGUAAACUCGACGAAGCCCUCGACUCACACAAAUCCAUGAUGGACGCCAUCGACGACAUUGCGAAGGCCAGCUGUCUCGAUUGGUCCAACGAGUUCAAGGAGAAAUGCAGCACGCUCGCUGCGGACAACGACCGUAUUCUUGGUGUAUGUACCCCGUUCCUCACCUCUUUCGCUACUAACCAUUAUGCAGGCGGAGAUCCCCGGGCAAGAACAAGAUGGCUAUGAUGCAGAACCCAAUUUUUUCCAAGGAAUGCAUCAACAUUCUCAGAUUUCCAGGCCAAGACUUCAACAGCGCUCUGGGCGCCUCAAAAGACUCAGGCUCGCUAUGACGAGAAGCCCUCAGGAAGCUCCUGCACCUGCACCACCCACCACCUCCCCACCAGUCGCCGUCACCACCACAACCAAAACUCACUUACGAUACCUAUUCACCCGGUCACCCCAUCAUGCAACGCCGCCCGUUGUUGAUGUUCCAUUCGCGAAGGCUAAAGAACGUAAUGCUGCUGCGGGUGCUCCUGGCCCAGACCCGGACAUCGUACCUGAUGAAUAUCUCGAUACUACUGAACCGGACCCUGAUACGCAACAGCAACAGCAACCACACCAGCAAGCAGUUGCAGUACAUAUAGACCCUGGCGAACAUGGAGGCGGGAAGUCCUGUGUCUGCUGCUAACAUGUUUCGAUGUCCGUCGGACAUUUAGGUUAUACUAUCACUUGUAUUGUAACAUAUUCAUACAAUCAAACCUCCUGUAGCUGGAUGAAUAUAUACGUUUAGAGG